AUUGGUUGUCUGUCUAUCUGAAGAGAUCCGUAAAAAGCUCUACACUCAAAGAAAUGAUGAUUAAUCCUUGAAAAAGAAGAAUGGAAGCCAUGUCAUUCUUUGGCUUAGACUGUACGAGGAAGAAAGAGAAAGAGGUGGAGAGGAAAAUCAGAGCAAACGACAGAGAAUAUAACUCAUCCUUCAAAUAUGCAACCAAUUGCAUCAAGACCUCUAAAUACAACCCCAUCACUUUUCUGCCUCUCAACUUGUUUGAGCAGUUCCAGAGGAUCGCCAAUGCUUAUUUCCUCUUUCUGCUCAUUCUGCAGGUUAUUCCUGCUAUUUCUUCUCUGUCUUGGUUCACCACUGUCGUUCCGCUAGUGUUAGUAUUAUCAGUGACUGCAGCCAAAGAUGCCAUUGAUGAUAUUAAUCGCCACAGAAGUGACAGGCAGGUCAAUAACCGGAAGGUCAAUGUACUCAUCAGUGGAAAACUGAUAAGUGAGAAGUGGAUGAAUGUGCAAGUGGGAGACAUUAUCAAGUUGGAGAACAACCAGUUUGUCACAGCAGAUUUGCUCCUGUUAUCCAGCAGUGAACCUCUCAACUUGGUUUACAUUGAAACUGCAGAGCUUGAUGGUGAAACUAACCUGAAGGUUAAGCAGUCUCUGACUGUAACAGGAGACAUGGGGCACAAUUUGGAGGCAUUGGCUGCAUUCAACGGGGAGGUGUGCUGUGAGCCUCCUAACAACCGCCUGGAUCGCUUUACGGGCACACUGACAUUUGACACGCAGAAAUACUCUCUGGACAACGAGCGAGUUCUGCUGAGGGGCUGCACUCUCAGAAACACAGACUGGUGUUUUGGCCUGGUGCUGUUUGCAGGCCCAGAAACCAAGCUGAUGCAAAACUGUGGAAAAAGCACCUUUAAGAGGACGAGUAUUGAUCGACUCAUGAAUGUGUUGGUGCUUUUUAUUUUCGCACUUCUGGCACUGAUGUGUAUCAUUCUGGCUGUGGGACAUGGGAUUUGGGAAAACUACACGGGGUCCAAGUUCAAUGUCUUUCUUCCACAUGAAGAGAACGCAGCCUUUUCAGCCUUUCUCACUUUCUGGUCCUACAUUAUAAUCCUGAACACUGUGGUGCCCAUCUCACUUUAUGUCAGUAUGGAAGUGAUUCGGUUAGGCAACAGUUACUACAUCAACUGGGACAGGAACAUGUAUCACUCCAGAACUGACACUCCAGCUGAAGCUCGAACCACAACACUCAACGAAGAGCUCGGUCAGAUCAAAUACAUCUUCUCAGACAAAACCGGCACGCUCACCCAGAACAUCAUGACCUUCAACAAAUGCUCCAUCAAUGGAAAAUCUUACGGAGAUGUUUAUCAACACUACAGUGGACAGAGGCUGGAGAUCACAGAGGAAACGACACCAGUGGAUUUUUCCUUCAACGGACUUGCGGACCCAAAGUUUCUCUUUUAUGAUCACAGCCUGGUAGAGGCGGUAAAGCUGGAGCUUCCAGACGUUCAUGCCUUCUUCAGAUUACUCGCUCUCUGUCACACUUGCAUGGCAGAGGAGAAGAAGGAGGGUCAUCUAGUGUACCAGGCCCAAUCUCCUGAUGAGGGUGCCUUGGUCACGGCGGCACGUAAUUUUGGUUUUGUGUUCCGCUCUCGCAGUCCUGAGACGAUUACCAUAGAAGAGAUGGGGAUUCAGAGGAGCUAUGAGCUGCUAGCCAUCCUGGAUUUUAACAAUGUGCGGAAACGGAUGUCUGUGAUUGUCCGUAAUCCAGAGGGCAAACUCUCCCUGUACUGUAAAGGAGCAGACACCAUCAUCUACGAGAGACUACAUCCCUCCUGCAGCAAACUGAUGGAGGUCACCACUGAGCACCUCAAUGAGUUUGCUGGAGAAGGUUUGAGGACUCUUGUUCUAGCGUAUAAGGAUUUGGAUGAAGACUAUUUUGCAGAGUGGAAACAGCGCCACCAUGAGUCCAGUGUGGCACUGGAGGACAGAGAGGAGAAACUGGACAAACUGUACGAGGAGAUAGAGAAAGACAUGAUGUUAAUUGGGGCCACGGCCAUUGAGGAUAAACUUCAGGAUGGAGUCGCUCUUACCAUUGAGCUAUUGGCGAAAGCAGAAAUCAAAAUCUGGGUGCUCACCGGGGACAAGCAAGAGACCGCUGAGAACAUUGGCUACUCCUGUAACCUGCUGAGGGAGGAGAUGAACGACGUGUUUAUUGUUGCUGCUCAUUCACCUGAGGAGGUCAGACAGGAGCUGAGGGAUGCCCGUCUGAAGAUGCAGCCUUCUACUGAACAAGAUAAAUUUCUUAUUCCUGAGGUUAUCCUGGGUAAUACUCCUAAAGUGGUUCAGGAUGAAAAUGUGAAUGGAGAAUAUGGACUGGUGAUAAACGGACACAGUCUGGCGUUCGCUCUGGAGAGCAGCAUGGAGCUGGAGUUUCUGCGGACAGCGUGUAUGUGUAAGACAGUGAUCUGCUGUCGGGUCACUCCUCUACAGAAAGCUCAGGUCGUGGAGCUCGUCAAGAGGUAUAAGAAAGCUGUCACUCUGGCCAUAGGAGAUGGAGCUAAUGAUGUCAGCAUGAUUAAAGCGGCUCAUAUUGGUGUGGGUAUCAGUGGUCAGGAGGGGAUGCAGGCUGUGCUGUCCAGCGACUUCUCCUUCGCUCAGUUCCGCUUCCUGCAGCGCCUCCUGCUGGUUCACGGACGCUGGUCAUACCUGCGCAUGUGCAAGUUUCUGCGCUACUUCUUCUAUAAGAACUUCACCUUUACCUUUGUGCACUUCUGGUAUGCAUUUUUUUGCGGCUUUUCUGCUCAGACAGUAUAUGAUGAAGGCUUCAUCACUUUGUAUAAUUUGGUAUACACUGCCCUGCCUGUUCUGGGAAUGAGUCUGUUUGAUCAGGAUGUGAAUGCUAACUGGAGUCUGGAGUUCCCUCAGCUGUAUGUGCUGGGUCAGUUGAGUCAGUACUUCAGUAAGCGUGCCUUCAUGAUGUGUGCGCUUCACAGCUGCUACAGUUCUCUAGUGCUGUUCUUCGUGCCUUAUGCUGCUACAUACGACACUGCCAGAGCCGACGGCAGAGAUGGAGCAGACUAUCAGUCAUUCGCACUCAUUACUCAAACCUGCCUCACUGUCACUGUUUGUGUGCAGUUGGGACUGGACCUCUCGUACUGGACUGUGGUCAACCAUCUGUUCGUUUGGGGAAGUUUGGGAAUGUUUUUCUUUUUGACCUUCACCAUGUAUACUGAUGGACUUUUCAAGUUACGUCCAGCUUCUUUUGCUUUUAUAGGAACUGCCCGAAAUUGUCUUAACCAGCCCAAUGUGUGGCUGACCGUUGCAUUGACGGCUUUACUAUGUGUCUUGCCUGUGGUUGCUUACCGGUUCAUCUACAGCCAGAUUUAUCCUACCAUCAAUGACAAGGUGAGGUAUAAGAUGCGUCAGAUGAAGGAGCCGGCUCCUCGGCCACGUCCUCGGCUGACCCGCAGGAGCACACGCCGCUCUGGUUACGCCUUCUCUCAUGCCCAAGGCUACGGUGACCUUGUGACAUCUCGCAGAUUCCUCCGGCGACCCGCACCGGCUCGCUCUGCAGGCUUCACUCCUGCCGGACGCUCCCCUGGGUUCAAGCCCACAGGUCGAUCCGCAGGGUACAGCCCGGUCGGGAGAGAACAGAACCCUAAACAGAAAGUUGAACCCACAUCACUGCAGAUGUUUCGCGCUGUUAAAGACGCUUCUUUCUGAGGGCUCAGCCGGAGCUAUAACACGCUGUUUACAGGGUUUAAACACUUGGAGAUCAGUUCACAGCUGCUGUGUGAUGUUGAUAUGAAUAUAGAAGUUUAUACACGCACUAAAAACCAUUGACUUGACAAACUGAACUACCCUGAAGCACAGCGAGCACUCGUCUUUUCCACUGUCAUCAUUACUACAGGAGUAACAGCCAUGCUGGAGUGUCCACCAAAGCUUUUUUCAUAUGGAUAGCUUAUAUUUUUUUCAAUUGUAUAUUUAAAAUUGGCAGUGCGUGUCUUUUUUUUAAUGUUCACUCAUCGAUAUCAUGUUUUACAAAGUCAUCUGAAAAGUUUAUAUGGGAGUGGGACAAAAUCACCAAUCGUUACAUUCUAAUGUCUGUCGACUGAACACCAAUGGAGAGCAGGUAAAUAUUGCUGUUCUUUUUGGUAUCGGAUUUUGACAACAUUAAAGUGGCCAUACUUUAAGUACUAAUCUAUCGCCCAAUCCCAAUUCUAUGUUUGUAACUCUACCGCUUCCCCUUGACCCUCGAAACAGAGUGUGAAGGGGAAGGGCUUCAAAAUUUACCCCUAAGAAAUGGGACACCACUACAACAUCUGCACACGUCAUCAUAUGUCAUCGCGAUCUCUUGCUUCAUGUGAGAUUGACGAUGGCGACUGCUGUAGUUAUUCCAGUUGCGUUAUUUUUUGGUAUUUAUCUUCAGGAAAUCAGAGAAGGCAAAUAUAUCAUGAUAUCAUACCGAUCUAAUGUGGCAAUAAGUUCGUAACUGUACUGUGCAUUUUGACAGUGGCCAUAUUCAUCAAUGUAAACACAAGAAAACAACAUUAGCAUUAUAGCAGACACUGUAAAAAACUCAUUCCCAGCCACUAGACUUUUCUGACAGGGUAUUCGAGUGUCAUCGAGUGUCAGAAUGUUGUAGGACUGCUGUACAGGAGUUAUUAUUAUGUAUUAUAGAUAGCAAAAUUUACCGGUUUUUAUUUUAGCCUUUUUUUUUUUAAAGCAUGAUGGUAAAACACGAACACGGUUAUGAAUGUAUUAAAACAUGUGCUUGUUUGUUGUAAAAAUUCGUAAUAAUGACAAAAAAUACUAAUUUGUGCAUCUCCUGACUUCCGUGCGCAGCUAUGCUGUCGUUGUAGAUGGGGUGUUCUGGGAGAUUUUCUUACCCCUUGGUUUCGAGUGUGGUCCUGAAAAAUCUCCGUUUGAAGGGAUAUCUAGCCCUUCCUCUGAGCUCUACUCUUUCAAGCUAAAGAGAAUUGGGGUGAGGUGAAGGGCUAAGGGGUAGAAUUGGGAUUGGGCCUUUAUUUCAGAUAUGAAGAGUUCAGAUGCAAAAAUCCUCUAAAUGCCGUCUGAAAUAUUCUUCUAAAAAUUUAGAUUUUUUCACGCCUUCGAAUGUUACCACUUGAUUGAAUGAGCAUUAUCAGUGGUUAUGAGCUGAUAGAUAUGGGCCAGUAGGGGCCUUCUGCACCUACUGGUAGGCUCAGAAGGCUGUUAUCAUCCGUCCACAUUGUUAACCUAACCACAUUGUAUUAUACUAAUAGAGAAGAGUCCAGAUCCAGAUCUGUUUUUACAUUACUGUGAUGGUUUGGUUUAGGGUUGGGGUAGACGUUAAUAAAAUACAAUUAAUGGGAAAUUUAAUAAAUAAUAUAAAUAAUUCUCAUCAACUUCCGGCUGCAGCCGUAUGUGAUCUAUAGAUGAUUAACCAUGUGGACGGAUGACAACAGCCUUCUGUGCCUACCAGUAGGCGCAGAAGGCCUCUACUGGCUCAUAUGUCUCAGCUGAUAACCACUGAUUACGCCCAUUCAAUCCAGUAAAUAACAUUCGAAUUGGCCAUUUUUCUGUCUGUGGAUUGAGUCAUUUUAUUUUUUUAUGGUAAUGAAUAAUUAAUUUCAAUGCCUUCAAAGUGAAAUAACUGAACAUAAACAUUGGAGGGGGCAGCACGGUGGCGGAGUGGGUAGCACAAUUGCCUCACAGCAAGCAGGUUGCUGGUUCGAGCCUUGGCUGGGUCAGAUGGCAUUUCUGUGUGAAGUUUGUAUGUUCUCCCCGUGUUUGCGUGGGUUUCCUCCGGGUGCUCUGGUUUCCCCCAUAAGUCAAAAUACAUGCGGUAGAGGUAAAUCGAAUAAGCUAAAUUGUCCGCAGUGUAUGUGUGUGAAUGAGAGUGUAUGGAUGUUUCCCAGUGAUGGGUUGCAGCUGGAAGAGCAUGCGCUGCGUAAAACAUAUGCUGGAUAAGUUGGUGGUUCCUUCCGCUGUGGUGACCCCAGAUUAAUAGGGACUAAGCCGAAAAGAAAAUGAAUGAAUAAAUGAAUAAACAUUGGAGGCUGAGAAAAAUGCUCAUUUUAUAAAAUGAAUAAUUCAAACAAGGCUUUUGCAUCUGAACUCUUCAUCUUACCUUUCAUGUAAUAUGACUGUUCAGUUCAAAGACUAUUUGAGGUCUUCAGCAAUUUCAGCCUUACUUCCUGCAUGGAAACACUGUCAAACACUGUAGUGUUUCUCAGGCCUGGAAGAGAUUUGUCAGCAUGUCAAGAUGUAGGUUCUGUGCUGCGACAGCAAAAUCUGCCUUGUAUGCGCUUUCAAAGGUUUAGUUUCAAAUUGAUGAUCAACACCAUUAUUACUGUUUAUAACACUGUCCCGAGGAGGCCUCUGGAACAGAAAUUCAGAUCUGUAACUGGUCUGAGACUUACAACACAUGUCAAAAACCAUAUUACAAUCACAACAGACUGCACCAUCUGAGAACAGACAGACCAUGCUGUGAGAAAAGAGGUGAUUUAGAUUCAUGGAAACUUAAUGUUGAAGACCUCUAAAAGAAAAUUAAAGGGAUAGUUCCCCCAAAAAAGAAAAUUCUGUCAUUUCUUGCCCUUUAUUUGUUUCAAACCUUUAUGGGUUUCUUACUUCUAUUAAAGACAAAGGAAGAUAUUUUAAAGAAAGCUGAA